CUCGUCAAAUAUUUUCAUAUCAAAAUCUUACUUGUUAUCAGUGCAUAUUAUGAUAACAUUUCUCUUGAUAACUCAGCUUGUAUAUAAAUAUGUUAUCUGACUUCUGCCAUCCAGCAUCUUACGGCAGUGUAAAGAUUUUGAAUUCAUUAGUUAACGUUUCGAACAAUUGCGUUAAGAAAGAAAACGAGUUUUUACCAUUGCCCUCUCUCGCGGUGCCUGAUUGUCUGCCGAGAACAGACCGAGAACCUUACAACGUUAAUAAUAAAAAUAAAGUGAAUAAUAAAAAUAAACUAAAUAACUCAGACCCGAGUAAUAAUAAUCAUAAUAAUAAAAUGAGUGAUGUGAGUGUUGGAGUGUGGAGACCUAGAGGAGCGCUGGCAAGAGCGCUCAUGGACAGAAUGAAGAAUGAUGAAUAUCUUGAUAACUUGGAUCAGACUAAGUGGUACACCGUAGAUUUGGACGCCAUGAGCAGCCGUUCACGCUCUCUUUGGCAUCCUUUAUCUUUAGAUGGAACUACUAAGAGGUGGUUGGCAGGAGCUAAAACUACUGCUUCAAAUUUGGCACUCCAAAUCUACCAUUCUAUAGCUCGAAUGCUUUUGGGACUGUUUAUGACCCAGACUGACGUUAAUGGGUGGCUUCAUCGAGGUUCUAUGUUCGUGUUUUCGACAAAUCAAAUCGCAAGCCUUUUAAACGCUGCUGGAUAUUACGAAAAUCGAUUUACUACCGGUUCCAAACAAAUCGGAAAACCUCUUGAAUUAAAAACGAAAUAUCAAGAUAAAAAAAAUUACAAGAUUGUCGCCAGUCAGAAUACUGAAACGUCUGAGGGAGAAACAUUGCCAAAUGAUCAAGAAGAAUUUACUUCUGGGACUGUUAGUAAAUUUGCAAAUUUGAAAAAUAUUGAAAUAUCAGAUACUAUUUUCCCUGUCAAGGGCCGUUUGUUGGAUUUAGGUGCUGGUGAUGGCGAUAUAACGGCACGAAUGGAACCAUUAUUUGAAGAGAUUUCAGUUACUGAAAUAUCAACUACUAUGCGGAAUCGUCUUGCUCAAAGAGGCUACAGUGUUUUAGAUGUAAAUUCAUGGGCAUCUCAUCGACCUUAUGAUAUGAUUUCAUGCCUAAACCUCCUAGAUCGUUGUUCGAAUCCUAAGACUUUGCUCCAGGAAGUUAGAUCAGCCUUGUCGCCAAACGGAUUAGUGCUAAUUGCUUUGGUCCUUCCUUUUAGGCCAUAUGUUGAAAGAGGUACCAAAGAUCAUCGGCCGCUCGAGUAUCUCGAUAUUCAAGGAUUAACAUUUGAGCAGCAAGUUGAAGCAUUUUUCGUGGAAUUAGAGAAAUUGGGUUUUGAAGUUAGAGCAUGGUCCAGAGUGCCUUAUUUAUGUCAUGGUGACCUAAAUCAAUCGUUUUAUCAUUUAGAUGAUGUACUUGUUGUAGCAAGCAAAUUUGAAGAUAAAUUAUGA